UCUGGCGUGUUCCCCCUGGGGAAGGGGAGCACCGAGCGGUUCCUCGACUGGGAACCUGGGCCCCACGGGGAAGCCUCCGAUGGCUGGCCAGGGCAGCUGCUGGGCGGUCCCCUCCCUCUGCAGCCGCUGGGCCCAGUGUCUGCUCUGGAUUUCCAGUCCCGCCCGCUCGCUCCCCCUCCAGCUGCAAUGGGUUUGGCUUUGGCGCCUGCCUCUUCCUUGACACCACCUGCCCUUUGGGGCCUGCGUGCCGGGCGCUGCGCCUCGCGGCCCAAGGGGCAGGGGGGCGGGAAUGGCACGACGGUGCCCUCAGGGUCACGCAUGGAGCCAGGUGCUUCUGCUCCAAACCUGCACCCGGGUGUGUGUGUGUGGGGGGGGGGUUCUACUGCUGACAGCUGAGCCCAGCGGCUCGGAAGAGAUGGGCAGGGACCUGGGCGAGCCAGGGAGCUCCUGUGAUAACUGGGGCCCUGGCUUCCCAUGUCCCCCAUAUGCUCCCGGCUUGUCAGUGUGUCCUGCCGCCGCCCAGCUCACCAGCGAGGGAGCCCCUGCUCGGCUCCCCAGCCAGCACUGCUGCUCCAGACCGCGGGGAAGGCGGGGGCAUGGUUGUCCCUCGCACCAGGGGCCGGGCGCUGGUGGGGCUGUGCCAGGGGCAGCAUCUGCAGGGGGGCCUGCUCCCUGGGCCCAGGAUCCCGGUGCGGGAGGGGACGUGCUGCCUGUUGCGGGGGCCCCCGUUCGCGGCACAGCAUCCUGGCUAAUCCCCCCUGCCCAGCGUGCUGCUCCAGAUGCCUGGUGUGCAGCUACAUGGACAUAAUGGGCAGCUCAGCCCCCUCCCCGAGGCAAUAAAAAGGUGGGAAGGCUCCGAAAUCUGCUGCAGCUCCUCCAGCAGGGCCUGGCAUCCCGAGCCGGUGCCGCGAGCACGUCGCCCUUCGGCCUGGCAAGAGCCCCAGUGUUGCCACCAUGGAGACACGCAAGCGGGAGAUGGAGCUACUGAGCAACAGCAUGGCCGCCUACGCCCACAUCCGAGACAAUCCUGAGAGCUUUGGCCUCUAUUUUGUCCUGGGCGUCUGCUUCGGCCUGGUGUUAACCCUCUGCUUGCUGGUGAUCCGCAUCUCCUGCCAGCCACGCACCCGCAGCCUCCCUGCCAAGCCCAGGAGGAGCCUGCGGGACGUCAGCGAGGAAGACGAGGAGGAGGAGGAGGACACGGUUGACAAUGUAGCGACGGAGUCCCCGCUGCCCAUCACCGAGAUCCCCCUGGAGAACCACAGCCCGGCAGAUGGCACCUUGACUGUCAACGUCUUUGCCUCGGCGGAGGAGCUAGAGCGGGCGCAGCGGCUGGAGGAACGGGAGCGCAUCAUCCGGGAGAUCUGGCGCAACGGCCAGCCGGACAUCCUGGGCACGGGCACCGUGGGCAGAGUGCACUACUACUGACUACGGGCCCGGGGCCUGGCUGCCCAGCUCCCUGAGCUAGACUGUGACGGCAGCCCCCCAGCCACGUGGGGCCCUGCUCGGAGGGCCCCCUGCACACGCUGCUCUUGGGCACUCCCAGAAAGGGUGCCCGGGAGUCUGGAGAUGUUCCCCAGCCCUUUGCACAGCCCUGGGCACCGUGUCUGUGUGCGAGCCGGGCGGGGCUUGGCCCCCUGAAAUGCCCCGUUAGCUGGCGCCAGCUGUGCAUGGCGUUUGUUACUGGCGGAGCGAAUGGCGCCAAGCUCUGCCAAGCACCAAGCUCCCCACGGAGCUGCUCUCGUUAACUGACUGCUCAGGGCCCCUCUCACCGCUGGUGAUGGGGAUCCCCCCGCUCUUCCUGCAGGAGCUCCCUGCCCCCACCUGAUCAGGGACAUCAUGCAGGGCCUGCCAGGCUGGCUUCCCACCCUCAGCGAACCAAGUGCAUGAGACGGCAGCAAGGAGAGAACUGGAAGGGUCCUGCUGGGGCAUGGAUGGACUGGGGCUCAAGGACGGACACUCCCAGAACGGGCCCCCAUGGGUGGCUUUGUCCCUUCCUCUGAAACACCUGGUACUGGCUGGUGUUGGAGGGACAAUGCCGGACUAACGGGUCCCCCCGGGGCCUUGCCCCCACAUACUGCAGAGUGCUAGGUAAGGUAGAGCUUAGAGGCUAGGAGCAGUGCGAUAGGGACUGGGCUGUUAGCAGUAGUUCCUGGGGUGCUCGUGUCACAGAGUGUGGGGGAGUCAGAGCCCUGCACCCCCGACGUCCUGCGAUUCACCGUGACUCUCAGCCAGCCAGUAAAACAGAAGCUUUAUUAGUCGACAGGAACAGAGCUUGUAGGUACAGAGAACAGGAUCCCUCAGUCAGGUCCAUCUUGGGGUGUGGGUAGCCUAGACCCAGCUUCAAGGCCUCCCCCCAUCUCCCCAGCCAGCUCCAAACUGAAGCUCCCUCCAGCCAUCUCCCCCCCCCCCCCCGCCUCCUCCUCCAGCCUUUGUCCAGUUUCCGGGGCAGGGAACUGACAACCCCCUCCUGGGCUCAGGUUACAGAGGGCAGUCGCCAGCCUUUACCUGCUGGCCGGCAGGUAUCAUCCCUUAGUGAAGUCACCCCCUGAUUUCCCAUCCCCCUCUAGUAUUAAUGCAGACAGUAAACUAGUAAAACUCCCAUGCAACAUUCCCAGUUAAUUCUCCCUGCUCCGUCCCAGCUCGCUUCAGCUGCCCGCCAUGCCCACGGCUCAGGAGGCAGGCAUGGGGCCGAGCUGCCCGUUGGCUGUGCAGUGACUGGUCCUGCAUGGCCACGGCCGAAGGGCUCUGUACCCAUGGGGGCACCCCCAGCCCUUGCAGGAGAAGAGAACCCUGCUGACCCCAUGGGCAUGCGGCUGGACCCCUUUCCUGGCACUGGCAAGUGCCUGCUAGGCCCAUGCACGUGCCUGGCCCAGCAGUCCAGCCCCUGCCAACCCCUCUGGCAGGCAAGCCCCAGAGCUCACCAAUCCCCGGCAGCCCAGGGUCCCAGCCACUCCUCUUGGCCACUGGCUCAGCUUGGGCUGCUGGCUGAGGGUGGUUGGGGGCGUGAAAGGAGCCGGGGUGGUGGUGAGCUGCUGCUGGUGCUGACUGUCUCACUCCGGUGCUAUAGGAAGGGAGAGACAUGGGCAAGGGUUUGGGCCCAGGACCGUGAAACUUACACUCUGGGCCCCCUGUCUGGGCCAGGCCCUGGGAAUGCAGCAGGCUGCUGGGCUUUCCUGGAGCCACGACAGGGGGUGGGGGCUGCUGGAGGCAGAGGAAGCUGCUGGGAGUCUCUGUCACAGGAAGAGCUUCCCAUUCCCCAGCGUCUCUGAAACCAACUCCAGCUGGGACGUCACAGCUACACACGGCCCCCGCCUCCCCACAUCUGCCUGCAGAGAGAGAGAGAGAGAGAGAGAGAGAGAGAGAGACCCCCCCUGCCUCCCGCCCAGGGCAGCAGGGAGCCUCUCCAUGGGCUGUCUCUCCCCUCCACCCGAGGGGCAAGGGCUGGGUGCAGUGUUCCUCUUGGACACUGGGGUGGCACCGUGCAGCACAGGGACAUUUCUGCACCUUGAGCAGUUGGUACGAUUCCCUCCACCCCCCCCACCCCCAUAGCCACUCCCUGGGAGCCUGGCCCCAAACCAGCCCCUUGGCUGCUCAGCAGGGUGGGUGAGGUCGGUCACUGGUGCUUUCCCAGGCAGCACCACCACAGCUCCCUGGUCUGACUGCAAGGCCCACGCUGCCAUUGCGGCCAGCUUGGUAGGUGCCCGGCCAGCCUGCACCUGGAGCCUGGUCCCAGAGCACGGGGCCCGUGGGGGGUUAGACCAAGCCCGACGUCUCACUUCAGGGUUUGCAAAGGACGUUAAUUGUGGCAACAUGGUCAGGGCGUUUGGCCAUCUCUGCCCGGGCUAGGGGCACUGGGGCUUGUGCCCAGGAGCGGGGGGGAGCCCCACAGCAGCAUGCAGUGCCUGGCUCCAGCCAAAGGACGGUCUCACUGGCGAGGGGCCCUUCUGGGGAGUGCCCCCAGGGCAGCGUGGGUAGCACAACGUAGGCAGAGCCCUCUGGCCCUGAAAUGUGCUUUUAUAAACGGCAUGAACCCUUCCCUGGA